CGCCCCGCAGCCAUGACCACGGAGGACGAGAUCAUCCGCAUCGCCAAGAAGAUGGACAAGAUGGUGCAGAAGAAGAACGCGGCUGGAGCACUUGAUUUAUUAAAGGAGCUUAAGAAUAUUCCCAUGACRCUUGAGCUGUUGCAGUCUACCAGAAUUGGAAUGUCAGUGAACGCAAUACGCAAGCAAAGCACAGAUGAGGAAGUUACAUCUUUAGCAAAGUCUCUUAUCAAGUCUUGGAAGAAGCUGUUAGAUGGGCCUUCAACUGAUAAAGAUUCUGAAGAAAAGAAAAAGGAACCUGCCUCUUCCUCACAAAGCAGCCCCGAGGCAAGAGAAGAAAGCAGUUCAAGUAGUAAUUCCAGCAGCAGGAAGGAAGAGGGUAAUGCUCCCUCAAAUUCUUUCAUCCCUUCUUUUCCCCGUGCUCCGAGCACUUCGGAUUCUGUACGAGURAAGUGCAGGGAGAUGCUCUCUGCAGCGCUCAGGACAGGAGAUGAUUAUGUUGCUAUUGGUGCUGAUGAGGAAGAACUGGGUUCUCAGAUUGAAGAAGCUAUUUUUCAAGAAUUAAAAAACACUGAUAUGAAAUACAAAAAUAGGGUACGAAGUAGGAUAGCUAAUCUGAAGGACACAAAGAAUCCUAAUUUAAGGAAAAACGUGCUAUGUGGGAACAUACCUCCUGACAAGUUUGCCAAAAUGACAGCAGAGGAAAUGGCAAGUGAUGAGCUGAAGGAAAUGCGCAAAAACCUGACCAAAGAAGCUAUCAGAGAGCACCAGAUGGCUAAAACAGGAGGCACCCAAACGGACCUGUUCACAUGCGGCAAGUGUAAAAAGAAGAACUGUACGUACACUCAGGUUCAAACCCGCAGUGCUGAUGAACCUAUGACGACUUUUGUUGUGUGUAAUGAAUGUGGGAACAGGUGGAAGUUCUGUUAGAAGAAGAUGUUAUCAAGACAUCUGGACCAGUAUGAAAGAGGAWUUUGUAAUUAGCUUUAAAAACUAGGCUAAGCAUCUAGCUUCCUGCAAAUGAGAGGGUGUUCUUUUCUUUCUUUUUUCCUUUUCUUUUCACCUCUGUUAAGCAGCAUACAUCCCUGAAGUUAGCCUUUAUUUUGACACAAUCAUCAUUUCAUUAAAUGCUUUCCUAGAGCUAAUAGACAGUAGGGGCAGGUUGCUCAAUUGUAUGGUGAAUGUUAAAAUAUUUUUUCAUUUUUAUAAGUAAGUUGACAUUAAACUUUUACCAAUUAAACAUUUUUGGUAACUGGCUUGGGUUUUUUUUUUUCCUACCUAUAUAAAUAAUGCACUGUAUUUUUUUUUUUCUUUUACAGUCCAAACAUGCCUCCUCCUCCCAUAUGUAUCUUGCCUCUCCACUUUUGUUAAAUAGUAAGAAUAAUUCCUGUUUCUUACUGGUAUGUUUACUAAUAUUGCAAAGAGAAAAGGCAUCCAGCUUCAUUUAAUCACAUGGAAUCCCUUUGCUAGCUGAAUCACAUUUGAUUUAACUCUCUGGUUUGUACAUAGCAUUUCUGAAUUAGCACUAAAAUUCUGAUCACGGGAUUUGGAAAUUUAUUAAUGGCURUAUUGACUUUUGCAACAGUUGGUUGAGCUUGUUUAUGUGAACAACUUUAAUCAGUGCUAUUGAUUUUAUUUCUCUGAAKAGUGUAUGUUGUAUUUUAUCCAUAGAUAUUAUUUCUAGGAACAUCUUAGAAUACCUGGUUAAAUUUGAUGCAAUUGUCCUGUUUUGCUUGACGUGCUUGCCAAUGAGGAGUACUUAAACUUUGUAAAUAAGCAAAGGCAUCCUGUGGUAGGCUGUCCUCAUGAUUGCCAGUGAACACAUUCAUCUCAGGAUAAAACCGGCUGGAGUAUUAAUAGCAAAUUCAUUUGAUACAGAUGCCAUUAAUUUUGCUCA